AUGGCCGACAACCAAGGAACAGGAGGCGGAGGUAGUGAAAGGCGUAAGAACCGCGAUAUGGGGCGAGCGGCAUGGAGUCGUCAAGCGGUAGACAAGCGAAAGCGCAAUGAAGAUAAGGCUGAAGCCAAGCGUCGCAAGGUUGAGAAUGGAGAAGACGUCAAUUUGCCGAUCUACGCGACCCAAUUCUCCAAAGAGGAGAUCGAAGGCGAGGAGCGCCGCCCUAAGAAGAAGGUCGCUCUUCUCAUGGGAUACUCGGGCACUGGAUACUUUGGAAUGCAAUUGAACGAGCAACAGCGCACCAUCGAAGGUGACCUGUUCACAGCCCUCGUAAACGUCGGCGCAAUCUCCAAAGCGAACGCAGCCGAUCCCAAGAAGUCAUCCUUCGUCCGUUGUGCUCGCACAGACAAAGGUGUCCACGCAGCCGGCAAUGUCGUCUCACUGAAGAUGAUCGUCGAAGAUGCAGAUAUCGUUGAGAAGAUCAAUGCCCAGCUCAGCCCUCAAAUUCGUGUCUGGGGCUACGAAGUGACCAGCAAAAGUUUCAGCUGCUACCAGAUGUGUGAUUCCCGCGUUUACGAAUAUUUGAUGCCAAGCCACUGUCUUCUGCCCCCUCACCCAAGCACCUAUCUUGGACGUAAAAUCGUCGAGUUUGCCGAUAAGGCAGGCGAGUUGGAUGCCGUCAAAGCUCGACAGGAAGAGGUCGCCACCUACUGGCAAGACGUCGACGAGAAGUAUAUCAAGCCAAUCCUGGAAGGUCUGCCUGAAGAUAUCCGCACGAUCGUCGAAAAAUCCAUAUUCUCCGACGACUCCCGCGAUGCUCUCCAGCCCUCAGACGAGAACAAGGAAGUCUCUACCCCCGCCGAAGAACCCGCACCACAAGAGACUAGUGAACAACCUGCUACCGAAGAACCGGCACCCGCAGACCAGGAGCCGAAGCCCUUCGUCAUGGAACCCCGCCAAAAGGCCAUCCUUGACGCCAUCAAAGCCAUCAAAGCAGCCUAUCUGACCGCGAAACGAGCCUACCGCGCACCCGCAUCCCGCAUCGCCCGCCUGCAAGAAUGUCUCGAACGCUACGAAGGCACAAAGAACUUCCACAACUAUACGAUCCAGAAAACACACAACGAUCCCUCAGCGAAGCGUCACAUCAAAUCCUUCAAGGUCAACACCACGCCGAUUAUCAUCGACGGCACAGAAUGGCUCAGCCUGAAGGUCCACGGUCAGAGUUUCAUGAUGCACCAGAUCCGAAAGAUGGUCGCGAUGGCUACAAUGGUUGUCCGUUCGGGCUGCCACCCAGACCGUAUCACGGAGACCUACGGUCCUGAUCGUAUUGCUAUUCCCAAAGCCCCUGGUCUGGGUCUCUUACUCGAGCGGCCGAUUUUCGACUCCUACAACAACAAAGCAGCUGGUCUUGACCGUCUGCCUAUCAAUUUCGGGAAAUUCGAGAAGGAGAUGAAUGAAUUCAAGCAGCGGGAGAUCUAUGAUCGGAUUUUCCGGGAGGAGGAACAGAGUGCUGGCUUUGGCUCUUUCUUCAACCAUAUCGAUCACUUCCCUGCUGGUUACUUCCUUUAUGUUACCUCAGGCGGUAUUCCAGCAGCCAAGCUCGCAACCGCUGCUGGCGCCGGCAAUACCAAAGUUGGUAACAAAUCUCGUGACGCUCCACAAGACCAGCGAGAUGCACUUGCUGCCGUGGAGGUUGGGUCAGACGAUGAAGGCGAGGCUCCAGCGGGCGGAGAGGAAGAGGGUUGA